GUGGGAGGGGAACAGAAGUCAGUCUGCACCGCCCCAGCAGAAACAAAAACUUUGGAAAGUCCACACAUCGUCACAUUGCUGAAUGCAGCCACAUUCCUGCCCCUGGAUUACAAAGCCUUAAGGCAACCACCUUUUUAAAAAAAUCAUUGCCGCUCUACCACCAGAAAAGGAAACUUAAACCACUGACAGAACAUCACAUUCUACAGGGAUCCUGCAUUUACACAAAACUUUAAGAGAUGGAGGGAUAUCUGUUGAGGAGCCUCCUGUUGUUGAGCAUCGCCCUGGCAGCCUCAUCAUUAAGUCAGACAUGCGAGCCGAAAGACCAACAGUCGAACUACGUGAGGGAGAUGCUAAUGGGCUGUUGGACUGAUUUUGUUGGAGAAAACAAAGCAGAGAUCCACAUUCUUAACCUGAUAUGGAACACGGACCAUGCAGUGUUUGGCCUCAACGUGAAUAUUUCAAGGCCAUUGAUUCUUAUUGUAACGUCUUCAAACGAGGCUUUUACCCUUUUUCAACUCAACAAAGAUGUAAAAGUUUAUAUAAUUAAUUCCAAAAUCAAAACGGUUGUUACACAACCAAAUGUUUUCGAAGAAGAUGUCCCUGAUAAAAAAGAAAAACUGAUCACCUGGGCAGAGGAGAGAUUUGGUGGAGUGACAUCAUUCACUACUCUUCAAAAUCCCUCACUUAUCACACUGACAGAAGCAGAAGGAACCAAACCAGGUUCUUCAAACUGUGUACUUGAAAAUGAAGAUAUCACAAGAAAGAAUUUCCUUGAGAUUAAAACAAAUUGGCACAAAUCUUGCACCCCAGAGCCACAAAGCCUUGGUCAUGAUGAGAUUCACGUCAUAAACAUCAAAGAGGAAUCUGCUGUUCGCAAUGUAUCCUUGCUUGUUAAAACACAAGGGCUUUCUUUGUUCCUGAGAGGCCCUAAGGGCACGACAUGGACAUUCCUCAGGGAAGAUUCUUGGAAGAUUGGUUCUAACAACGACAUCCAGUUACCCCAAAUCCUAGGGAGAUACAAAGCUUCAUAUAAUGGUACACUGAGUGGUGACAAGGCAGAGAACGUGCAGAGAAUGGCUUUGGAAUAUUUUAAAGCCAGUUACUUCACAAGCUACAGUGAAAUAGAACUGAAUGCUCCGACCCUUUUUCUGGUGAUUGGAAAACAAAACAAUCUGACAGAAACAUCUACAGCUGAAUUACCAAUGAUAAAAGAGAUGACACCAGCCACAACUGCUUCCACAAACAAGAUGCCUCUGACGAUGGAACUGUAUACCUCCCCAGACUAUCGCUUACCCUUAGACCCUGAAACCAGAUUGCCAACUAACAAGAGGAUUUAUGCAGAGAUAUCUGGACAUGCUAUAGGGGAUAUAAAAUUGACCCUCAAGGUGAAUAGCUGCAUCAUGUGCUCCAAGGCCUCCUGCUCUGUAAGGAGAGAGCUCCCUUUCAUUCUAGAGGCCUGCUCUGUAGACUCCUGUCACAACAGUGCUCGUCUCAGCUUCUCCUUGGAUCAGCUACAAGAGGUGACAUCCACAACGUGGGAUCUCGAAUGCUCUGUUAACGUCUGCUUCGGUCCGCAUUGUUUGGGAGUAGAACGAGUGAAGAGGAAUCUGGAAGUAAUACAGUCAUGCCAACCACCAGACCAGCCAUGCUUUGAUUUUGGCCUGUCCGGUGUUCUUGGCAUCGCUUUUGGAGGGUUCCUGAUUGGAGUGUUACUUAUUGGAGCCCUGUGGUUUAUCAAGAUUAAAACAGGAUACCCAGCUGGACUGGGUAUGAGAUCAACAGCUGUCAAUUUUCCUGGAUGUCCCUGUUCAAGUGCAAAACGACAGCCUGUUUCAUCUAACCCAUCUCCCUCUGAGAAUAGCAGCGCAAAUGCAAGCAUCGGAAGCACCCAGAGCACACCGACCAGCAGCAUGGCAUGAAAACAUUGCGGGUUUACCUGGCAGGGACACCAGUACUGCUAUAUUAUCUUGAUGGGGUUUGUUUUUUGUGCCAGUACUUAAAAAAUAAUUCCCUUAUACCCUGUCCUGUUAAAGUUGUGGUUUCAACAAACACAGCAGGUGGUUUUUGACAUACUAUGUCUAAAAUUGAUCUGGGAGUUUGUAGUUAGAUAUGGAAAAGAAUAAAGGGUGAGUUAUCAAAGUUUAAGGCUUGUAAUGUUUUCCUUUGCAGUCUCUGUACGUUUAAAUUCCUCAGACAGGAUGUUACAGAGGCCAAACCAAAAAAAAAAAAAAAAACAAGAAUUGGCUCCAAGCAACAGGAAAAACAAACCAUAUCCCCACAAGAGCUAACAGGAAAUUCGCUGCAUUCUUUCCAAUGAAUUGUGCUUGUGUGAUGGGAGCACAAUAAUAGUUAUCCAAGAGUCAAACUGGUCCAAAGACAGGCUUUGAAAAACACAUGAAUAGAUGUCUUUUGAAAAAUAAAAAAAAAAAACGUUUUUUUGGAUUUUGUGCAAAGUUGAUUCAGAGAAAUUUGUCCACAACAUCACUGAGAUUGAAUUUGUUUGCCUUGGCAUUUCAGAAUAAAAAAUGGAAUACUUCCUUUUAUAAUUUUUGAUCAAUUAGGAGUCCUAGGAUCAUGGUUUGAUAGCUACCUCUAAGUUAGUAGAAGUCUGGAGCUAAGGUAAGACUUAAAACUAGAUUUCUGUAGUGAAGUUAUUGUUUUUCUUUAUUCUUUUUUGAUUUACUUUAAUUUCUUGCUACCUAAUAUUAACCCUUAAGUGGCCCUGUGGGUCAUUUGUAGCUCACAAAAUAAACAUGGUGUCAUUAUCUUGUUAUCCAGUGGAUAAAUAAGUGUCAUCAUAUUGUUUUCCCUAAGCCUUCAUUUCAUAUUAGACUUGAUGUGCUUCAUCUACUAGUAAUCUAACAAAACUAUCCAAGUAAUUAUAAAAGAAGAAAUUUAUUGGAGACUAAAAUGGAUUUUUUUUUGUAUUUACAUGAUCGGCGAAUGCUUCAAGUUAAUUGCAGAGAACCCUUUUAUUAAGAUGUAGCUCUAUAACCAGAGCUAAGUAAUACAUUAAUAAUCCUUCACCAAAUUACUGCAAAUCAAUUUCCAGCAAUCACACAUUUGCUUGUUAAUAACUAGCACCCAUUCACCUUUAUUUGUCAUGAGGAUUUUGCCUUCCAAAUAGCAUCUGCGUUAAAUUUUAGUUCAAUUUCCUUUGCAACUAUGACAGAGAAAACCAGGUCUUUACAUCACCUACAAAUUUGCUGUACAUGUUUUAUGUCUGUGGAACAGACCUUUAUAUAUUCAAUUAAAUAUAUAAUAAGAUUUGGUGAUUGUAUUUUUCUGUACAGAUUUAAAUACUAAGAUAUGACUUUUUUUUUUUUAAAUAUCCCCUUUUCUUUAUAUUCAUUUAGCUUUUAUUCAGAAUAUAGCCAGCCCAUGCUUAUCCUUUCUGUUUUGCAGUCAUUUGAGUUUAAAAUGCUUUCUUUGAACUCUACUACACCUUUAUGCAUCAUCGCUCCAUUCAAAAUUUGUUCGGAAAACUGUGACAACCUUGAUGUCUGUUAUAAGGUAACCUUCCAUUUCUUUAGACUUAUUUGCCUAAUGAAAAGGUAUUUGUCCCUUUUACAAUGCAGUCCCCUUUUCUAUAGGCAUAUAGUUUCAAAGUAUCUCCUUUUGAUUAGAAUAAAGGUUAUUGUACAGGUAUACAGAAAAGCAGAUGGUUGAUAUUCUGGUAUGAAAACUUUGAAUAUUAAGUUAAAAGUACAAUGAAAUUGCUUUUCCAAAACUGAAGAAUAGAUGCAUAAAUGUGUUUCAAGUUAACGACUGAAUGUAUCUUUUCAUUACUAGUGUAAGUCAGUUUUGAAUAGACCAUUCAGACAGAAGCAUCAUUGUGUCUUUUCAAUUGCUUCUGAACUUAGUUUAGGUUUUUUUUUUUUUUUUUGGUUGAAAUAAAAUCCAUAUUAUUGGCUAUAUGAAAAUACCCUGUUUUAUUUGUUCUUGUUUAGCUAUAUUCUGACAUGUUCCAAACCUACAGGUUUUGGGAUAUGUGUAGCAUAUUUUCCUCUUUUAUAUGUAAGUGCAUUUACUUUCUUAUUUCUAAUUGUCUUCUUAUGUUAAGACAGAACAAAGAGGGUCAGUACAAAUUGCCACUUGAGAAUUUGUGCAAUAUGGUUAGAGAAUAACUUGUCUGUUAUGUUUAUAUGUAUUUUUUGUGUAUGUAGGUAUGGUAUUAUAGCCUUUCUUAAAAUCAUCUUUAGUCUGAUUUGUUAUUUGGAGCAAGUUCC